AUUUACUCCUAUUUAUACUCAUCCUAUACAUUUUAUUUUUUGUAGCUGUUGAAAGUAAUAAUAACUAAAUUAAUUUUAUGUUUAAGCAUAGGAAUAAGCAAAACCAAAGAAAUAAAAAAAGAAUAAAAGUAUUAGUGAAAUGAAAACACCAAUAACUGUCAGCGGAAGAGCUUGGGCAAGAAAAAAUUGUAUGUUUGGUGAAAUAUUGAGUAAAGGAGGAAUAGAAGUAAUAUAAAAUCUAAGAAGUAGGCUAAAAAUUUAAAAACGAAAAAAUUGGAAGCAUAAGUUUUGAAAACUAAAUUACUAAAAGUUGGAACAUUAAAAUCAAAAAAAGAAGGAAGACCACUAGUUAUCAAUGGUUCAAUAUCUGUUUAUAAAAUGAAAACUUAAGAGAAAAAAUAGAAAGUGUUAUUAUAAGAAAGUUUAUAAAAUUACUAUUCUAGUUUAGUGGGAAUUGCUGCAUCAUUUAGACUUUAAUGAUUAAUCAAAUAGUAAAUGUGAAAACUUAAGAGAUGGACAUUUUUUUGGAGGAUAUUGUGAGAAUACAAAUCAAACAUUAAGCAAAAAGUUUAAUAGUUUACCAUAACAUACUCAAAUAAAAGUUGAAUUAGCAUUACACGUAUUUGAUUAAUGGGAAUAAGAAUAAAUUAUUAUGAGAGCAGAUGAAUAAAUUAGUAUUUUUAAAUUAUAAAGUCUUAGUUUGGAAGAAUAAAUUUGAAAAUACAGUUCAUCAUAAUAAUUUUUGUGGAAGUUCGAGAUUUGGAGAUUAAAUUAACAUGUAUUACUAUUAUAAUAUAUAGAUAGUCCUAUAAUGAAAAUAUUUGAUCAUUCUCAUAAUGAAUUAAAUUUGUAAUUUUAAGGUUUGACAUCAAAAAGUACGUGUGAAGCAAGUUUCGGAAUUGAUAAUUUAGUUAUUUAUUAUAGAUGA